AAGAGCAAAUAGUUAUUGAAGAUGACAAUGGUAUGGAUGUCGAGAUUUUCGCAGAUAAUGUGAAUGAUAAAGAUGACGAGAAACUGAUGAAAAAUGAGUUAAUAUCAGAAGUCCAAUUAAUCAGACUGAUAUUUUUUAUUGACGCUCUAUCUCAUGUUGCAUAUGGCCUAGCAAAGUCCGGUGCAGUAUUUAAUGCUGUAACAGUGAUAGCUUCUUUGGGUAUAAUAACUACCCCUGCAAUAAAAUCGUUGCAGACAAAUCUAAUAUCUCCAUCUCAAAUUGGUCAAUUCUUAGGCGGAAUAAGUGUAGUAGAUUCAAUUCUUCGUAUAAUUGUUCCACCACUAUUUGAUUUUUUAUACUCUGUAUUAGUGAAAACUCAGCCUAACGUAAUAUGGUAUUGCAUCUCAGUCUUAUUAUUUAUUGCAUGUUUUGUUUCAUUUGGCAUACGCCCUUCUCAAUAA